AUAUAUUGUGAUGGCUCAUUACAAGGCUUGGAGGCUUUGGGAUGAAGGAAAUUCUCUGAAGUUGCUAGAGUCAGCACUAGGGAAUGUUUCUGCAAAGGCUGAGGCAGAAAGAUGUAUACAGGUUGGGUUAUUGUGCAUUCAAGAAGAGCCAGAUAAAAGGCCUAGCAUUGCAUCAGUAUUGCUCAUGCUUAACACCCAACCUAUCACAAUUCCAUCACCUGUACGCCCUCCUGCUUUCCCUUAUCGUCUAGGAAAGAAAGCAGCUCCACGUGAAAGUUAUAGCAUUCAAGCAGAAUGUGAAAUCACUGAGUUGAAUCCUCGGUAAUAUG